UGUGAGCUUGUCCCUGCUGCAGGAGCACAGGCAGAGAGGAGAUCGCUGUGGAGUGUGAGCUCCUGGGGUCAGUGUCCGGGGACUGUGCGGAUUAUCGGAGCCUCCACGCUGGGAAGUGACCCCCCCUCCCCCUCCUCCUAUAUUUCAGUUGUAAAAGGUGGAACCGAUUGAACAUAAACCCUGACAAUUUUCUGUCCAGUUCUGUUGCUUAUGUGGAGCUAAAACCUUCUAUAUCUUACAAGAUGGCUGCAGUGCAGGCUCUUCCCCUGUCCAUUGAUCAGAACUCUGAGGUCACCAUCCCCCAAAGCCCACCGAUCUCUAGGUCUCCGGUGUCUGAUAGCACCAUGGGAAGUGUGAGCAGUCUAAUCUCUGGAAGACCUUACCAUGACAAACAGUGUAAGGCCUCCGAAUUUAAUAACAAGUGCCGCAAGCCUUCCAACAUGCCAAACUUUUUUAAGCAGCAGGAAGGACUCCUGAAAAAUAAUUAUAACUCCCAGGAUCAACUGUUUACUGGGCUUCCUACAAAGAAACCUUGUGCUUCUGCUUCUGGCGGUAAUGGAAACUAUGCCUAUGUCAAUGAGGUCUUAAAAGAGGAGUGGCUGGAAGCCAGAGCACCCAACAGCCCAUGCAGUGAUUUGGAUGACCUACGGGAAGAAAGGACUAUCAAUGGAAAUAUAAGGGGUCCUCCACCCAAACUUAUUCCUGUUUCUGGAAAACUAGAAAAGAACAUUGAAAAGACAUUAAUAAAACCUACAGCUUUCAAGCCAGUGGUGCCGAAAAAGCGCAACACCUCCCUGCAGUUUCUUGUCCAGAGGAAUGGAGCAGCCAACUUAUCUGACAGUCAGGGAAGCCUGAACCUCCUUUUCAAUGGGAACUCAGGAGGCACGAGUGAGAAGCACAGCUCCUUCAGCUGCAGGAACAGUUCUGUCUCUGGGACCAUGUCUGAUUCUGGCAGGAAUUCUCUUUCCAGUCUUCCCACCUACAGUACGAACUGCAGCCAUCAAAUGGAGCCAGUCAGUAUGUCUAUGAGUCACAUCAACCUGGAUAAUCACGCAAACGUGUUUUCUGAGAGGACCUCCAGGGCCAGGACUCGGCCAUCGAACUCUGAUAGCGGCCGCUCAUCCUCUAGUAAGAGCACAGGGUCAUUAAGCAGAGGGGGCAACCAGUCAUCAGAUAGUGGUUCUUGUGACCGGUCUCCAAUUAAUGAGGAGAUUCUCCUCAGAGAACUGGAGGAGAAGCUGAAGGACCGGGAACUGGAACUGCAGCAUCUGAAAGAGAAUCUGGAUGAAAACGAAGCUGCAAUUUGCCAGGUCUAUGAAGAGAAACAGAAGCGUUUUGAGCAGGAGAUGGAGGACUUGCGUCAGAGCUGUGCCCUUAAAAUGAAGCAGGCUUCCCAGAAGGCACAGAGGAUGCAACAAGUUCUACAACUGCAAAUCUUUCAGCUGCAGCAGGAGAAGAAGAAACUGCAGGAGGACUUUUCCCAGCUCCUGCAGGAGAGGGAGCUCCUGGAGAAACGCUGCGCCUCGUUUGAGAGGGAACAUACGGAGCUCGGUCCGCGACUGGAGGAAACAAAGUGGGAGGUUUGUCAGAAAUCUGGCGAAAUAUCUCUUCUUAAACAACAGCUGAAGGAUUCCCAGGCUGAACUAAGUCAGAAAUCCAAUGAAAUAGUACUGCUUCGUUCCCAGCUGAGAGAAGCUCGAUCCGACCUCCAGGUCAGCGAGGAACAAGUGCAAGAGCUGCAGGACACGUCGCAUACAAAGACGCUAGAGCUAGAGGUGUGCGAGAACGAACUACAACGCAAAAAGAAUGAAGCUGAACUGCUUCGGGAGAAGGCCAGUAAGCUGGACCAAGAGGUAACAAGCCUUAGAGAGGCGGCCAUAGCCAACCUUCGACACGGGCUUUGCCAUUGCCAGGAGAAGGAAGACCCAUUCUUAGUUUAUGAAAGCGAUGAGGCCAAAGCACAACGGCAAAACGCAGAAAACCUGCAGGGCUUAAAACAGUACAUGGAACGGCUCAGGGAGGCGUUGGUGAGCGAACGCAGGAGAAACCAAGAACAAAUAGAGUGCUUUGAGGAAGAGCGGCGCAUAUGGCAUGAGGAAAAGGAGAAGGUGAUCCGAUAUCAAAAGCAGUUACAACACAACUACAUUCAGAUGUACCAACAGAACCGUGAGCUGGAGAGGGACAUUAAACAGUUGACACUAGAACUCGAGGCAAGGGAGCUCGAUGAAUUUGACUUACACGGCGCAGAGAUUCAGUUUGAGGAAAUCACAGCCACAGAAAUUUAAUGCCAAUAAUACACCGCAAAUGCCUUUUCCUUGGAUCUAUGGUUGGUGUUGCCAAAAAAGCAACUUAUCCUGGGAAGUUGAAAUUAUGUAAAUGGGACUUGCUUUUAUAUGCACAGGAAUAUAGAAACCGUUGACAGAAAUGGCAUUGUCUUACUAAUUGUGUAAAGGCAGAUUUGAGAAAAAUCCAUAGAAGCCAUACACAUACACUUACUUACACGCGCGUGUUUUGCUAGGCAUGGCUAAAGGACCAAAGCAAUGUCAUUGAACUAUGCAUACAGAAAAUGCACCUUUCUGUUUUGCAAUAUCCUUUCCGUUCUCAGGACAGCCAUAUUGUCUCCUAAACUUCAUAUCUCACUGCAGAAGAGGAUUCUGGGUAGUGACAUUAAAAGUGCUUCCAUAGGACAAAAAAAAUCAUAGUUUGUGCUUUGAGAACACCAUAGAGCUGUUCUAUUGCUCUCUUUAUUUUGUUGCUAUUAAUGAUAGCCUAGCCAUAUUUUGAAUGCUAUCUGUCACAUGUAACUGCCACCAUUUUGUCUGUGGUCACACAUAAUUAAUGCAGAGACUUCUUUUAUGUAUGUGUUGUCUUGUAAAUAAUGUAAAAUAAGAGUUUUUGUUUCCCAAAGCAAAAUAACUGGUUUUGUACAAACGAUGACUAGCACCUUCUCUCUCUGUUUGACAAGCAUAGUCGCUUUCAAUCUCAGGUAGGCAACUUGCUAGAGCACAAUCAUAACGAAAAUGUCAAAUAACACCAUAUGCAAUAAUAAAAAGACUAUCUGUUCUCUUUGUUAUAAGCGAGGUGGCAAGUUCAUGACAAGCCUCCCUGAAAACCAAGAGAAUUAAAAUAUGUUAUACAGGCUUUUGGGGUCCCACUCUUACUCUAAUAACCUCAUGUAAUUGCAAUAGCAUUUUAUGUAUGCUUAAUACAUUCUGUAAUGAACUCUAGGUACACUAUAUGGUCAAGAGCUUGUGUACAACUCGAUCAAGCUUGAUGGACAUGCCAUUCCAAAACCAGGGGCAUUACCCAGGAGUUGCCUUCCACAUUUGCAGCUACAGCAUCCUCCACUCUCCUUAGAAAGCAUUUCCACAUGAUUUUGAAGGGUGUCUUUGGCCUUUUUGACAACAAAGCACUCAAGAAUUCAGCUACUGAAGUUAAAUAGGACGACCUGACUUGCAAUUGGCGUUCUAAUUCACCCCUGUACUGGGUUGAGGUAGGUCUAUGCAGGCCGCUAGAUUCCUGCAUACCAAACUCGUCAAACCAUAUCAUUAUGGAGUCGGCUUUUUGCUCUGCUGAACAGUUAUGCCGAAACAUAGAAAGGCCUUCCCCAUAAUGUUCCCACAAUCUUAAAAGCCCACAGUUUUCUAAAAUGGCUUUGUAUGCUGAUAUGUUAACAGCACCCUUCAUUGGAGACACCUGAAUUCAAAACUUUGGAGGGGUGUCCACAUGCUUUGAGUCAUGAAGUUUAGGUGUGAUGGUCAGGUUUACACAAUCUUUUGGCCAUAUAGUAUAUUUGGACAGUAUUGCUUAUUCCUUAACUGAUAUGAAUUGGUGAAAUUACAUUUUAAAAGUCAGCCAAGUGUUUAAAUACACAGUUGAAGGAAAAAUUGGCUGCACAUUUUAAAACCAGGUACUAGUAUUGGUAUAGGAGGCCUGGUUUGAGAACUUGGCAUCAUAGUGGGAAAACUGUUGCACUCUUUCACUAACAUGGCCACAUUUGUGCUCUUCACACUACAUCUUAUUUAAAAACUAAAGGGUAUAUUUAUGAAGCAGACAGUGUGACUUUCAAUAAACAUUCUCUGUUAAAUAAUCAAUCACUGUCAUUUAAUCCACGUGGACCUGGAAGAUUCUCCACCAAGUAAUGUUUAGUGAAAGUCACAUUCAUUGCUUUAUAAAUAGACUCUUAAUGGUAUUUGCACACUGACAGUCGUACUGUGUUUGCAUUUCAUUGUGCCUGGGCACAUAUUUUGUGGUUCAUUUUAGAGACCAUGUCUGUUAUAGGUGGGUACUCUAAAAUACACACUACUACAAUGUUUCCUGGCUUUAGUCCUCAAGGACUACUAACAGGUUAUUUUUUCCUAGACUUGCAGCAAUUGUCGAAGCUGUGUUCAGCAUUGAUGGAGCCUUUCACACCAGUGGGCACGCGUUAUGGCUUUUUUUUAUUUUUAUUUACAUUUGAAAUCAAGUAUAUGCACAAUGAUGUGUUUGACACACUUCUGGUGUGUUGUGCUGUGUAACAAAGUGCACAUAUGUUGCAUUUUAAAUGGUAAACGCCAGCACCCUUGUAUGGUAUACACAGGCCACAAUAAAAAAAAAAAAAUUCUAUAUGCCCUUGCAUUAAGCCUGUGGUGUUCUGUGCUGACCAUCACAGCUCAAUGCACUUACGAUGAUGAUUGGAUUCAUUUGUAUCGAAAAACAAAUACAAGACGCCGUUUUGUGUGCAUGAAAGUGUACAUUGUACAUUUGGCAUCACAUGUCAUACUAAUUUGUUUUUUUGUUUUUUAUGAAUCUGUUGUAAAGUUUCUUACCUGAAGAUCCUGCUAGUAAAAGCAUGUUGUAGGCUGAGAACCAAACCACUGCCUUACUGCAGCAUUGUAGGGUUUGAGUUGAAGCGCCUUUUAAGGUAGAUUUACAAAAGAUGAUUAUCCUGCAAAAACUGUGGCCUUUUUGGGGAUCUUUCCCCUCACUUCCAGUUAUGAUGAUAAAGUUGUCACUAUUACAAGACGUGAAGAGAAAUCUUUAUUCGUGACCCAAACAGCAACAAAUGGCUAAUUAAGCCUUUCACUACCAUCUUAAAGCGAUGUUUCGGACAACAUUUUUGAGAUAAAAUGGCCCCUAUAAAAUCGUUUUUUUUUUUUUUUUUUUACCUUAGGAAGUCCAGGCACACUGCGGCCAACUUCUGUGUGGUCAUCUGAACCUGCAAUGUAUUACUUCCUGGAUUCAGUGCAUGCUGGCUACCCAGCAUGCACCUGCCGAUCUUGCGCAUGCAGUAUAAUAGUAUGUAGGUUGUGUUUCCAUAGCAACGGCGGCCUUGGAGCGGCACCGCCCCUUUGCUAUGGAAACCUAUCACCUCCUGGGAUUGGUGACUCGCAUCUCCCAGGAGACGUUGCAAGGCUGGAAAUGAUGUGCUGGGCUGCGGCCAUUAAGGAGGAAGUGAAAAAAGCUGUAACAAAUUAAGUAAUUCAAUUUUUUUUUAAAUUCCAACUCGUUUUAACGAUACACAUUAGUGCUGGAUGGUGAGGAGUGUAAAAUGUGGGUGGAACUCCACUUUAAAGAACCCAAAUCUCUGUUUUGUCGCUUUUUAAAUGUUCCUUCCUACUUUCUACACUGGUAACAACAUCACUAGAGCAUAAAGUAAGGGGAAUCUCCCACCCAACAGGGCCACAGAUGGCAGUACAAAUCUGCUAUGGGGUUCUGACCCUUCUCCGCUUUAUACAAAGCUUGGAAAAUGUUUAAGCUACAACGUAGAGGUUGGCAGCGAGGCUGCCUGCCAUGAAAAUUGUGAUUUACUGUCAGUACUUUAUUCAUUUGAAUCAGCCAAAUACUUUCUAUGGAAAGGGGAAAGACGGAAUUUGGAUUGGCAUUUAGGGGGGGCAGGUUUUGUGAUUGCUCCCUCAACAGGAUGGACUGGUAGUCUCUUUGACCACCCACUGGUAUGAGAUCAUCGCUCACCAACAGAUAUGAGAUUAAUACCAAUUACGGGCAAUAACAGCUGGUUCAGAUUUCUGCUCCAUGGAUACACAGAUGUGUAUAAGAAAGCAGUGCUUAGUGCAAAUUCUACAUACAGAAUAGAUGACCUAGAAUAGUGGCUUGUUAGACUUCAGUUUGCUAUAGUCAAAUCAUUUGAGAUGAUUUCCACUUGCUGAGGAUUACUGCAUAUGAUGCAUAAUUUAUUGCAUAAUGCUGUUAUUGUAGGGUAAGGUUAGACAUGCUAAAUAAGCUGCUUAAAUCCAAAGAUCAUAUUUUAAUAUGGCUUUUAUUGUGCAAGUUUCUAUGAAUUUAAUACUUUUCUACGGCUACAAAGUGUGCUCCUGCAGACAGCACAAAAUGUUGUUGCAAUCACAUGCUAGAGGUUACCACCUGGAGAGAGUGGGCAUUGGCACCAAAAAGGUAUAAUUCUCUUGUAAAGCCAAUAAGUGUGACUUAUCCCCAUACGCAAUAUGGGUUAUUUGUUAGCGAGUCUAAUAAAACCUGGUCCACCCCAGGAUUAUAUCAAA